AUGAUUCUCUUAUCGCAGGAGAUAACGUGAGGAUGCAAUGAUGAGGUCCGUAUACCAGGCAGACCCCGAACUGUCCUGCUCUGUUUCGUCAGGUUUUCAUGUAGUCCACGCCCCGGAACGACUGCAGCGUCAUGUACAGCGCAUCCAUAAUACGUACGUAAGAAUUUCAAUGAAGCCUGAAAUGGAUGGGAUUCUGUGCAGGGGCGUUUCUCAUCCCUUACCUGACGAUGUUGUUCGUGUGUGGACUGCCGCUCUUCUUCAUGGAGAUGAGCCUGGGUCAGUUCACCAGCUGCAGCUCUUUAACCGUCUUCAAGAUUUCUCCCAUCUUCAAAGGUGCUGGCUACGCAGUGGUCCUCAUCAACUUUUAUCUCUGCGCCUACUACAAUGUUAUCAUAGCCUACACCCUUUACUACAUGUUCAUGUCCUUCGCCUCCGAGGUCCCAUGGAAGCACUGUGGGAAUUGGUGGAACACCGAGUUAUGCAAAGAAAUCGGACUUGACUCCGGAUCGCAUAACUCCUUAAUCUCUCCCUCGAACAUGACCAAGACUCCCACUCAUGAGUUCUUUCACAAUUACAUCCUGGAGAUCUCGGAGGGGAUCGAGGAUCCGGGGCCUCUCGUCUGGAAGCUCGUCCUCUGCGUCCUCCUCUCCUGGUUCAUCGUCUUCCUCUGCAUCUCCAGGGGGGUCCAGUCAGUCGGAAAAGUGGUGUACUUCACGGCCACGUUCCCCUUUUUGAUGCUCUUCGCUCUGCUCAUAAGAGGAGUCACACUGCCUGGCGCCGUCGACGGCAUCCUUUUCUACAUCACGCCCAAGUGGGAGAAACUCCUCGACUUCAGUGUGAGGCACGCGGGGGAUAAGAGGACUCUCGUCUUCUUUCACCCAUUCGGUUCCAAUGCUCUCUCUCUCUCUCUCUCUCCUUCCUUUCGACGAAUUCCAGGGAGAGGAUGCGAUUGCCAUCCUCGUGUCGAGGGAUUCGCGAAGGGACGAAUACAGACUAAGGAUGAAUUAGUUUCCUCCCUCCCUCGUACACAUACAGGUUUGGUCUGAUGCAGCCGUGCAGAUCUUCUACUCCCUUGGUCCUGGAUGGGGCGGUCUCAUCACGAUGGCCAGCUAUAAUAAGUUCAACAACAACAUUCAGAGAGAUUCGGUGUUUGUGCCGAUCAUGAACUGCGGAACGAGUAUCUUUGCCGGCUUCGUCGUUUUCUCUGUUCUCGGCUUCAUGUCUCAUCAGACCGGGAUCCCUGUGAAAGAUGUCGCUACCGCAGGCCCGAGCCUCGCCUUCGUGACGUAUCCAGAAGCAAUUGCCAUGAUGCCCCUUGCCCCUCUUUGGGCCGUAUUGUUCUUCUUCAUGCUCUAUACGUUGGGGCUGGACAGUGAGGCAGGUGAACAAUUCGUCCAGGUGGAAACCAUCAUCGCGGCCGUGUUAGACGAAUAUCCCCGGUACAGGAAGUACAAACUCCUCAUCACGGCCGGGUCCUGCUGCUUGCUAUUUCUUCUCUCUCUCUCCUGCGUCACUAAGGGAGGGAUGUACGUCCUGCAGCUGUUCGACUGGUACUGUGCCAACGUCACGGUCCCCAUCGUCUGCUUUUGCGAAAUCUGCAUCGUGGCUUGGAUCUACGGUGUGGGAAAGUUUGUUCGGGACGUGGAGUUCAUGAUCGGGAAAGUGAUCAACUUCUACUGGAGGAUCGCCUGGCUCGCAUUCACCCCGAUCGCCCUCGUGAUCAUCUUGGGGGCGAUCCUGUGGUCGAGUAGGCAGGUGGUCUACGAGAACUAUGUAUAUCCAGAUUGGGCAGUGGCUGUGGGCUGGAUGAUCGCAUUCUCCUCCGUCCUCUUCAUUCCCAUCUAUGCUGCCCACAUCCUGUGGAACGGGAAGGGCUCCUUCUCUCAGCGGCUGAAACGGUCGGCGAUAGCGACAGAGGACUACGGGCCCGGGGAUAGCUCCGAUUUCGCCGCGUGGAAGGAGCAUUGUGCAUCGACCAAAUAUUACUGGCUCAGGAGUCCCAUUGCAUUCCGAAGAUGGCUCAAGGAAUCCAAACCCAAAGAUCCCGAAGAGAACUGAUAGUAUCCCGUCUUCCGAUCGGAAGCAACUGAAAUACCCGAUCUUUCCUCAUCCAAAUUCAUAGCCAAACGCCGAGUUUCUCGUGAUAGCACACGGUUAUUCUUUUAGCUACUCGACGAUGUAUCGCCUUUUUUUUUUCAUUGGAAACGAAGUGCGCUUCUUGAGACAUGCUAUUUUUUUGUACCGAUGAAAUGAAUUGUUCAGGUACGGUCAGAGUGGUCUUCCCUCAACCGCUGAAUGUCAAGAUAGACGAUGUAUAGAGGAGGCGGGGCUCGUCGGUCCUCGUGGCUGCUAGUACCUCUGUGUUAACCACAUUAGAGGAAUCUUAAAAAAUAAAAAGGAAUUCUCGGAG